AAAUUUCUAAGCUUAGAGGGUUAAAAUGUCUCUUACGGUUCACAAGACGAGUGAGAAGUACAAGGAGCUGAAAUUUCCAGUGGUGUUGAAUGGUAAAAAUUACCUUUUGUGGAAGAGAACCACAACGAAUGUGUUAGGGGGAAGAAAGCUCACGAAACACAUAGAGGUUACCUUUGAAGAGUUGAAAGCAAUUGAUGAGAACUUGGAUAAAGACACUUGGAAACAAGAUGAUUUGAACGUCCUAAGUGCUUUACAUUGCUCACUUGAGGCUUCAAUCUUAGAAGGAUACUCAUAUUGCGAAACAUCUAAAGAGCUAUGGGAUACUCUUAUGAAUGUGUUCGGAAAUGAAUCAAACUUGACUCGGGUCUAUGAGAUCAAGAAGGCUCUAGGGAGUCUAUUCCAAGAUGAAAGUGAUUUCAAUACUCACUUUGGGAAGUAUAGAUCACUUGUAGCUGAGCUGGAAAUGCUACGACCAUUCACCACGGAGGCAAAGACACUUAAAGAUCGAAGAGAGCAAGAUCUUGUCUUUGGGUUAAUGAUGACGCUGAACUCGACAUACAAGGACGUGAUUCAACAUAUCUUGAGAGAUGACAAAGUACCAACCUUGGAGCAAGUAUGUUCAAAGAUACAAAGGGAGUAUGGUUCUCAAGGUCUUUUUGGCAACAAAGAGGAGAACCUACCUACGGCAAACAAAGUUGGGACAGUGAAACAAGGUGACAAGAAACUGUUGGUUUGCGAUCAUUGUAAGAAAAAAGGUCACUUGAAGGAUAAAUGAUGGCUUCUUCAUCCCCAUUUAAAACCGGAAAAAUUCAAGAACUUCAAGCCAAAUGCGAAUGCGGUUAAUGGAAGUGAUGGUGGGUCAGAGAAUGAAGAAAGAGCUAUGGUUCAGUACGGGCAAGAGAAAGCGAUGCAGGCCAUUACACAAGGCAAGAGUGGCGCAUCUACCUCACAAGCUCAGGAGACUAUUGUCAUGAACAAGGCUGACCUCGAGUCUCUCCUCCAAUCCAUUGCAUCUAAAUUACACACUGGCGGAUAUUGAGAGUGGAAAAGUGUUUGGGCAAGGAAGCACCAAGGAUGACUUAUAUGUGUUUCAAGACAUCUCUUUAAAUUCUGUUUCUAAGAAUAAUGUUUCUUCUAUCUUUGCAAACUCUGUUAAAACAUCGGUUGUAUUGUGGCAUGAGAGACUAGGCCAUCCACAUUCUCGAGCUUUAAGUUUAUUAAUGCCUGGUUUUUCUUA